GUGGAUGCCCUACCGAACAAUACUGACGCACUCACACUUCGAACAAAUGUGCGUCGACUUCAAGUUUAAUCCUGCCCCGAGGCCCGCGCACCACAAGUACUGCAGUCGAUUCAGCUGUAUCUCGACGCACCGACGUAACGAGUCUGAAUCUCUAACAAGCGCAUGUACUGCCUGUGAACGAAUGCACUGGUUCCAGGAACUGAUCAGAGGACGACGAUCGCUGGAUGGCAGCGGCGGCCAUCCUGUGAUGAUCAGGCUAUUCAUGGUGACAUGCAUCUGACGCCUAUGUUACGCUUACAUUAGCAAUUGGUGCUGUCUACCGCCGCUCACCACGACGACUCGACCAUAAAUGCAGUCGUCCCUGGUAUUCCGGUCCGUGCUAGCGCUGUGCGUCGUAACAGCCGUCGAGGCUGUCAUUUCACCCAAAGUCUUUAUCAUUGACUACUACAACGAUGAACAGGACGCCUGGCUUGACAUACCAGAGUUCAAUCUUCUCGAGCAGAACAUCACUCUGCCUGGGCUGUCCAUGAUGUAUCCGGACAUCCACUGCACAAGUGACGGGUCCGUAUGCCAGCUGGUCACAGGCGAGGGCGAGAUCAACGCUGGUCUGAGCACAUUUGCCCUCGCACUCUCGCCAGAGUUCAACCUCACCCAGACCUACUUCCUCCUUGCUGGGGAUGCCGGAAUCAGCCCCGAGGUUGCCACAGUCGGAUCUGUCGCCUUCGCCCAGUUCGCCGUGCAGGUGGCGAUGCAGUACGAAAUCGACGCUCGCGAGAAGCCCGAGAACUUCACCACUGGAUACGUCCCACAAGGUUCCACUAGCAUUAGCCAAUACCCCCAGUACAUCUACGGCACCGAGGUCUUCCAGCUCAACGACGCUCUGCGCCAGCUUGCCAUUGCUCUCGCCAAAACGGCGACACUGAACGAUACCGCCUCGGCGCAGGCCUACAGAGCACAGUACACGAACGCCGGCCCCAACUUCGCGCCCGCGCUCACCGCACCAACUGUCGUCGGCUGCGACACCGCGACGUCGGACAACUGGUGGAGCGGCGCGCUGCUCGCGGGUGCGUUCGAGAACUUCACGACGCUGGUCACGAAUGGCUCGGCGACGUACUGCACGACGCAGCAGGAGGACAACGCCGUGCUCGAGGCGCUCCUCCGCGGGCAGCUCGCGCGGCGCACCGACUUCUCGCGCGUCAUCCACAUGCGCACCGGCUCUGACUUCGAUAGACCCCCGCCCGGCGUGUCCGUCGCGCAGAACCUCUUCUUCGCCGAUGGUGGUUACAAUGCGGCCAUCCGCAACCUAUAUGUCGCGGGCAUCAAGGUCGUGGAGGGCAUCCUCGAUGGGUGGAACGACACCUUUGCAGCGGGAAUCCCCCCGCAGAACUUCAUUGGUGAUAUCUUUGGGUCACUUGGAGGAUCGCCCGCGUUUGGUCCCGGGAGUUUAUUCAAUGGCACAGGCGCGCCGUCGGUGCCUCUCCAUUACAGCUGCGUCUGAGGCCUGUAGCAUUGUCGGAAGGGGUGUUCAUUACUUUAGCACUUCAUAAUCGUAGCGCAGCAUUUAAACAUUGCGUUUUCAGCCAUGAUCAGCUGAACGAAGGUGGCCAUGGGAUAGACGCCGUCUCUGUACCCUCACUUGCUAGAGACGUAGUCAAUCUGUACUGUGGAUCCUCUGAUGAGCACUCGCGAGGCAAUGACUUCUUGGAUACUCACCUCAAUUUGCUGAAUCCAC